GGCGCCGCUCGGAGCCGGGGCCGGAAGCGAGUCGGGAGCGGCGGCGAGGACAUGGCGGAGACCAUUAUAAUCCGUGUCCAGUCACCAGAGGGUGUCAAACGUAUCCCAGCCACAAAGCGGGAAACUGCUGCAACUUUUCUGAAAAAGGUUGCAAAAGAAUUUGGCUUCAGAAAUAAUGGGUUUUCUGUGUACAUCAAUAGAAAUAAGACUGGUGAGAUCACAGCAUCCCCCAACAAGUCCCUCAACUUACUAAAAAUCAAACAUGGAGAUAUGCUGUUCCUCUUUCCUUCAAGCCCUGCUGGUUCUUCCUCUGAGAUCAUGGAUACCUCAAUGUCUCAAGGAACACGCCACAUAGGUGUUCCCCAUGUGGUAGAAGAUGACAUUGACCAGUACCUAAUAAAACAAGAUGGGAAGAUUUACAGGAACAGAGACCAACAACUAUGUCGACAUGGCCCAUUGGGUAAAUGUGUGCACUGUGUACCAUUAGAGCCUUUUGAUGAAGAUUAUUUAAACCAUCUGGAACCUCCUGUGAAGCAUAUGUCUUUCCAUGCCUACAUCAGGAAACUGACUGGAGGCGCAGACAAAGGGAAGUUUGUUGCCCUUGAAAACAUUAGCUGCAAGAUUAAAUCUGGGUGUGAGGGACAUCCCCCGUGGCCAGAAGGGAUUUGUACAAAGUGCCAGCCCAGCGCCAUCACACUCAACCGGCAGAAAUACAGGCAUGUGGAUAACAUCAUGUUUGAGAACCAUACAAUUGCUGAUCGUUUCUUAGACUUCUGGAGAAAAACAGGAAACCAGCAUUUUGGAUACCUGUACGGGAGGUACACAGAACACAAAGACAUCCCUCUAGGUAUUCGAGCCGAGGUUGCUGCCAUCUAUGAACCACCUCAGAUUGGUACGCAGAACAGUCUCGAGCUUCUAGAAGACUCUAAGGCAGAUGUUGUGGAUGAGAUUGCUGCCAAGCUUGGAUUGAGAAAGGUUGGCUGGAUAUUUACAGAUCUGGUCUCUGAGGACACACGAAAGGGGACUGUCCGAUACAGUCGGAACAAGGAUGCCUAUUUCCUUAGUGCAGAAGAGUGCAUCACAGCCGGGCAUUUUCAGAAUCAGCACCCAAACAUAUGCCGCCUGUCUCCAGAUGGUCACUUUGGAUCCAAGUUUGUAACUGUUGUGGCAACAGGUGGCCCUGACAACCAAGUCCACUUUGAGGGCUACCAAGUAUCCAAUCAGUGCAUGGCCCUGGUACGUGAUGAGUGCCUGCUGCCGUGCCGUGAUGCUCCGGAGCUUGGCUAUGCAAAAGAAUCCAGCAGUGAGCAAUACGUGCCUGAUGUGUUUUAUAAGGACAUAGACAAGUUUGGCAAUGAGAUCACUCAGCUAGCCCGUCCACUCCCUGUCGAGUACCUAAUAAUUGAUAUUACUACCACGUUCCCCAAGGAUCCAGUUUAUACAUUUUCUAUUUCUCAAAAUCCAUUCCCUAUUGAGAAUCGUGAUGUACUGGGAGAAACACAGGACUUUCACAGCCUGGCUACAUAUUUAUCCCAGAACACCUCCUCUGUGUUCCUAGACAUCAUCUCUGAUUUCCAUCUGCUCCUCUUCUUGGUCACCAAUGAAGUCAUGCCUCUAAGGGAUAGCAUCAGCUUGUUACUGGAAGCAGUAAGGACUCGGAAUGAGGAGCUAGCACAGACAUGGAAAAAAUCGGAGCAGUGGGCCACCAUUGAACAGCUUUGCAGCACAGUUGGUGUUCAGCUGCCAGGACUCCAAGAAUACGGCGCCAUGGGUGGCUCAACUCAUGCCGCAACCUCUUCCAUGUGGGCCUGUCAGCACUGCACCUUCAUGAACCAGCCAGGCACAGAUCACUGUGAGAUGUGCAGCCUCCCACGUAGCUAAGCCUCGUCCGGCUUGGCAUUCAGGGUGGCCAUUACAGACCAACUGGCGGAAAUACAGAGGCAAACCCCUAGCCAGGCAGGAUUGUACUUCCUCCUGGGAUGUUGCGCGGUGAAGGGCGGGGCAGAGCGGGCAGGGGGGGACCUGACCCUUAUCACAGGCACACAGUGCCAUUCAGAGGGUUGUAGCUUGCGGUUGGAACUGGAUGUCUCAGUGGGGGAACGUAACAUAGCCCCUCUGCCCAUGCUGCUGCCUUGUCUUUUCUUUGCUCUCAGUAUUGUAGAAAGCCGGAGGCCAUGUUCCCCCUUGAGCUGCAUUCGCACGAAUGGCUCAUCAGCUCUGCAGGCGCAUGGCAGUGAGAGGCCAUCCCCCCCCUGCGUUAGCUUGCAUGCCACAAGCUUUCCCCAGCCUUAAGCCAGUGAGCGAGGCUAGGCAGCAGUGUUAUAAGGGAUGGCUUGGUCUCCCGGGGCUAGCUUGCCUAACAUCGCUCUCUGGACAUGCUUUGCAUUCAGCCUCAGAGUCGCUGGGUCACUGGUGCCUGACUCAUUUCAGUCUACCCUCUUAAUUGUAGCUUCCAAAUUUAAUGGUGGCAGAACACAUAGAAGCUCAGAGCUCCAAUCUAAGCCCCAAAGCACCUUGGCAUCGGGGAAUGGAGAGAACAGCCUUCUCAACUUGGUAAUGGUCUCUCUGCUGGCUUGCCAACCCAGUUCUUGUCCAG